GAGAGGAAUUAGAGGAAAAGAAAAGGACAGGAUUUAUUCUCUCGCACAAAAGCACGCACAGUCUAAGGAUUGCCCCAUAAGGCCUAGCAAAGAGAGAGAGCUGGAAUCUCCUGAUGACUGUUCAAGCAGAGGAAGUCCUCCACUUGAUGGAGAGGAGGUUGGAUGCUGCAGGAUUGGUUGCCGUGGUCCCUACUGCUUUUCUCACUCACGUGUGACACAGCAGCCUUCUAUGUUCCUGGGGUCGCACCAAUCAACUUCCACCAGAACGAUCCUGUUGAGAUCAAGGCUGUGAAGCUCACCAGCUCUCGCACCCAGCUACCUUACGAAUACUACUCGCUGCCCUUCUGCCAGCCCAACAAAAUAACCUACAAGGCAGAGAAUCUGGGAGAGGUGCUGAGAGGGGACCGGAUUGUCAACACCCCUUUCCAGGUUCUCAUGAACAGUGAGAAAAAGUGUGAGGUUCUGUGCGGCCAGUCCAACAAGCCAGUGACCCUGACCGUGGAGCAGAGCCGGCUCGUGGCUGAGCGGAUCUCAGAGGACUACUACGUCCACCUCAUUGCGGACAACCUGCCCGUGGCCACCCGGCUGGAGCUCUACUCCAACCGCGAUGGCGACGACAAGAAGAAGGAGAAAGAUGUGCAGUUUGAACACGGCUACCGGCUCGGCUUCACAGACGUCAACAAGAUCUACCUGCACAACCACCUCUCGUUCAUCCUCUACUACCACCGGGAGGACCUGGAAGAGGACCGGGAGCACACGUACCGCGUCGUCCGCUUCGAGGUGAUUCCCCAGAGCAUCAGGCUGGAGGACCUCAAAGCAGACGAGAAGAGCUCAUGCACCCUGCCUGAGGGUACCAACUCCUCGCCCCAAGAAAUUGACCCCACCAAGGAGAAUCAGCUGUACUUCACGUACUCUGUGCACUGGGAGGAAAGUGACAUCAAGUGGGCCUCUCGCUGGGACACUUACCUCACCAUGAGCGACGUGCAGAUCCACUGGUUUUCCAUCAUUAACUCCGUCGUGGUGGUCUUCUUCCUGUCAGGCAUCCUGAGCAUGAUUAUCAUUCGGACCCUGCGGAAGGACAUCGCCAACUAUAAUAAGGAGGAUGACAUUGAAGACACCAUGGAAGAGUCUGGCUGGAAGCUGGUGCACGGUGACGUCUUCAGGCCCCCCCAGUACCCCAUGAUCCUCAGCUCCCUGCUGGGCUCGGGCAUUCAGCUCUUCUGUAUGAUCCUCAUCGUCAUCUUUGUGGCCAUGCUCGGGAUGCUGUCACCCUCCAGCCGGGGAGCACUCAUGACCACAGCCUGCUUCCUCUUCAUGUUCAUGGGGGUGUUUGGUGGAUUUUCAGCUGGCCGUCUGUACCGCACUCUGAAGGGCCAUCGGUGGAAGAAAGGGGCCUUCUGUACAGCAACACUGUAUCCUGGCGUGGUUUUUGGCAUCUGCUUCAUAUUGAAUUGCUUCAUCUGGGGAAAGCACUCGUCAGGAGCGGUGCCCUUUCCCACCAUGGUGGCCCUGCUCUGUAUGUGGUUUGGGAUCUCCCUGCCUCUCGUCUACCUGGGUUACUACUUCGGCUUCCGUAAGCAGCCAUAUGACAACCCCGUGCGCACCAACCAGAUUCCCCGGCAGAUCCCCGAGCAGCGGUGGUACAUGAACCGAUUCGUGGGUAUUCUAAUGGCUGGGAUCCUGCCCUUUGGUGCCAUGUUCAUCGAGCUUUUCUUCAUCUUCAGUGCAAUCUGGGAGAAUCAGUUCUAUUACCUUUUUGGCUUCCUGUUCCUUGUCUUCAUCAUCCUGGUGGUGUCCUGUUCACAGAUCAGCAUUGUCAUGGUGUACUUCCAGCUGUGUGCAGAGGAUUACCGCUGGUGGUGGAGGAAUUUCCUAGUCUCCGGGGGAUCUGCAUUCUAUGUCCUGGUCUAUGCCAUCUUUUACUUUGUUAACAAGCUGGACAUCGUCGAGUUCAUUCCCUCUCUCCUCUACUUUGGCUACACGGCCCUCAUGGUCCUGUCCUUCUGGCUCCUCACGGGCACCAUCGGCUUCUAUGCAGCCUACAUGUUUGUCCGCAAGAUCUACGCUGCUGUGAAGAUAGACUGAUGGGGGUGGACCAUGGUCUGGCCCACUCCAUCCACGGACAGGAAGCCGCCCCGCACAGGGAACUGCAGGCACAUAGAAUAAAACAACUCCUGCUCGUUUGGAAUGUAACUCCUGGCACAGUGUUCUGGAUCCCGGGGCUGCGUGUGGGGCGGGAAGGCCUGUAGAUAAAUCUUGCAUUUUUCUUCAUCAUCUUAUUGCAGUUCUAUGGGGGAUGAGUUUUUUGUGGGUUGUUUUUCUUCAGUGCUAGGGAAGUUCCCUCCAGCAGGAACUCUUGGACCUGUUUAUUCAGGUGUAUUUUUGGUUUGGGGUUUUUCUCCCUAAGUUUUUUUUAACAAAUGGAUCCAGGAUGGAUAAAUCCACCGAGACACUGGGUUCUGGUCACUGUCUCCACCUCAGUUCCUCAGGGCUGUUGGCUAUCCCACGACUAACUGGAAGAGGAAACGCCGGGGCCUAAGGGAGGUUUCUGACCCUCUCAUUGCCCGUCCUCGCCAUUGAUGCCGCGACAAAGCACAGCUCAGCCCGGACUCGCAUCCUCAGUGCCAACCAGCCUCUUCCAGCCCCUUCCCCUCCCUAUUCCUUCCUCCCUAGCCUCCUCCCAGGGGUACUCAAAGCAGGGCUCCCCACCAGGCCUCUGGUCAUCUUGUCACUGGGAGCAAGCCCAGAUCUUGGUUGAGCCAAGGAAAUCCCCCAGAAGUACUGGGCGCCAAGUGCCCCAGGACAGCAGGAAUCGCCCCUGCUCAGAGCAGCCGGAGUUUGCUGGACCAGAGGAGAGACUUGCAAUGAACUGUCUUUCGUGCCAAGAAACCCUGGAUCUGGGGCCAAGUAUUUCCAGAGCCAAACCAAGCAUUCACGCGUCUGUCCGGAUGAGAGUCCUCACCCCUCAGAUUGCUCCUCAGCCCCUUCCUGGGUUGGGGGGCGGGGGGUGCUACUCUUUGCAGUGUGUGCUGGUGGGACACCCUCUCCUCCCCCGCUUCCAGGGCAGGACAAGGCCUGGAGACCUCAGGUCUCCUCUUCAGGUGGCUGAGAAGAGGCAUUCUCUCCCUGACAUCCCCCAGCCUGUGCCCACACAGCUCUUUCAGCCAGACCCUGCCCCUCCACUUCCUGUCUGAGCUCUUGCCUCCUUUGGGGAAACACCCAGAACACUACCUGCAAGAAGGAAAGUGGAAAGUAAGUUGUGUCAUUCCUUCCCCAAGUCCCAGGAAGAAGCAAGGAGCCUAAGUUAGAAAGAGGAGCUGACACGGAUGCCUGGCUUCUUCAUCGGCGCCCCCUCUUCCUAACCUCUGCCCUCCCCCCUGCCUGUCACAGACCUUUGCUCUCAAGUUGCAAGAGACCAAACACACCCUAGGGUCAGGGUUUAAGUAACAGCCACUCACCCUUGCUCCAGCCCCAUUAGGACCCCCACCACAAGACAAAGCUCAGGAUGCUGGCUAAGCUAGGAACAUACCCACCUCACGCCCACCCCCAGAUUCUCCCGGCAGCCCUCACCAGCUCCACCAGUCAAACCAGUGAUCUUCUCAACCUUGCCUCACAGUGACUCCGCAGUACCAAGCGGCGUCCACCAAGCAUCAGGUUGGCGGAAAGGGAACCCGAGCAGUAGAGUAUGAUGAUGGAGUCUUGUUCAUUCACAUCUUGAAUUUUUUUCCCUGAGAGAUUCUCUUUGGGCGGGAGUGGGUAAACAGACUCCUCAUAAAUGGUUCAGACAUCAAUUUUUCUGACUUUUUAAAUCAUCAUCAUUUUUUUUUAAGUAAAAGAUGCCUG